GACUUUAUCGCAGAGCUCAGCUCGAUCGAGAAGUUGGUCUCCAUGAGACCUUCUUCAGACAUCCAGCCGAAGUUGGUAACCCAGCUUCGUGAUCGGCUGGUCCACGGCCGAUGGACAGCCGAUGAGCUGUGCUCUAUGGUACAGUCCGUCGGGGCCUGUAGCUUAUCAGAUAUGAGCAAGGACACCUUGCUGAAAGCUCUAGAUGAUGCAGCCUGCCCUACACUAGCCAGCCAAUCGCAGGUAAAGUUGACCAGCAAGCCCCAGACCCUCGUGCAGAUCUUCAAUUACCUGUCGAAGCAGGAUUGGACCAGAAUGGCAUCUUGCAGUUCCUGGGACUCCACAGUCAUCAUGUCCGAGCGGUUGAAGCGGUGUGGGUUGACAUCGUUGAAGGAGGAGACCAAGAAAUGGGCUACUGCCGUCAUCGUGCAUCUUCAAAUGCAACGGUGUUCGGUGGCACUCACCUACGACCAGGUCUACUACCUUGCCGAGCAGCUCCACAAGGUUUUCCUGAACACGAUCGUGAAGAAGAAGGCUUCUGGAUGCACGGUCUACCCGCUCCACCCGCACGAGCUCGGCCAAGCCUUCCUCGAGCAGGCCUACGACGAAGAUGACCCUCCGGAGGCCAGGGACUUGCCGGGUCUUGCAGCCAGAGUGGCUCACGAGACACCGGUGCGAAGCACAUCCAACUUGCUGUCCUGGAACCAAGACAAGUCCAACAAGAACAAGGUGAAGGGUGGAGGCGACGAGGCUUUGGCCAGUCUCAUGCAGAGGUUCCUGCAGCAGACUGUUGGCCAGGUCGACAACAACACGUUGCAUGCUUUGCAGCUGGCCAAGAAUGGCAGCUUGUCAGCUUUGCAGCAACCGGUCCCCGUAGCAUCCCCAUCCAUGGUGCAGCAUGUGCAGCCAAGCAGCAGUGUGCCAAGCACCAGCUUUGUUCCCGCCCCUCCCAGUUCAGGAUCCGCCUUGCCUGCUUCCCAGAGUUUGCAGGUUCUGCAGAACCUCGCUUCGCCCCAGCAUGGCACCCAGCCCGACUCGACACUGCGAGUCCCGGCCCAGCAAUGCACACGAGAGGCCAUGAUGCCGACUCCUGCAUCCUCCAGUCCGGCUGUUCCCCCCAUCCCAGAAGUGUUGCCUGCAGACUCCCCGCCUGCUGCUCCGAUCUUGUCCUCUGAGGCCCCUGAGCCUGAGACUUCCACGGGAGCCCCCAGCAAGUUGCAGGCAAUCGAAGACGAGGACCCUGGCUUUGGAGGAUUGAGACUGACGAGGGAGGAAUGGAAGGAAUGGUUUGAGCAGCGAAAGCUGGAGCUGGCCCGUGGCAAGUCCAAGGCGAAGGCCAAGGAUUGUUCCCUCAUCAUGCCCAGCUUCGAUUGGACAAUGUACGUGCCUGUUCGAGUGAGCCGUGGUGGCAACUUCGGAAGCAAGCACAUGAUGGUUUCCGGACGGGGCACAGUGUCAGAUCUCGUGAAUCGGGCAGCAAACAUGUUGGACGGUGACGAGGGGCGGGGUAAGUGGUUCGUACGUGGUUUGAGCAUCGACUUGCAGAAGGUCGGAGUGCGGUACACGUAUAACAUGGACUUGGAGGAUCAGUUCGAGGACACAAUGAAGUUGGCGCUUUUUUAUGCCACUCGCUCCUAUUUGUCGAAGAAGGAGGCCUACGGCCCGUUGUUUGAGCAACACGAAGCGAAAACAUCUGCAGGUGCCAUCGUCACGUUUUUGUUGGUGAACGUCUUCAGCCUCCUGGAUGGCAUUUGCCGUUCUGGUGGAGCUUUCUACAAGUUGCUCCAGGCCUGUGCAAGCAAAACUGCUGGCCGACCUCUCCGGUUCGCCCUGUAUUCCGACGAAGUCAUCCCCGGAAACGUGUUGUCGGCACGUACUUCCCGGAAAAGUUGGUGUGUUUAUAUGAGUUGUGUUGACUUUCCGCCACAAGUGCUGGCCAUGGAGGAGGCAUGGCUGACAAUCGCACUGCUAAGGAGCUCUUUCGUGGCCUCCUUGGAAGGAAGCAUCAGCCAGAUCUUCAAAAUUAUUUUUCGCAGCAUCUUCUUGCAUGCAAAACAUGACCCGACAAUCGGUGUUUGGAUGCAGGGACCAGAUGGAGGAUUUCACUUGUCUUUUAUGCCAAGCAUGAUAAUUCAAGACGGGGCUGCUCACAAGUUUGUCUGGACUGUCAAGGGGGAUAGUGGUUCUAAGUACUGCUUGCUCUGUGGCAAUCAGCGAGCAGACAAUCGCAACGAAGAGCGAAUCGCCAAACAUUCCUAUGCUGACUUGCAUUUGGUGUCCGAUGACGAUAUUUGGGAUUCUUGGUCGAGGCUCUCUGACCAGCGCGGCCGGUGUUCACAGAAAGACUUUGGACUGUGGCAGCAAGCCACAGGGUGGACAUACAGCUCAGAAAGUAUCUUCUCGGAGCCUUUGCUGAAGAAUGUGAUCCGACCAGCGAGCAUGUUCGUGCACGAUUGGAUGCAUUGCUGCUUGAGUAAUGGUACAUUGAGCGAUUCGACUUGGCUACUUCUCACUGCCACGAAGGAGCAUGGCUUCAAGGAUGUUUUUGUCACCCUCGAGAAAUACGUGGAUCUAUGGACACUGCCGGCUUCUUUUGCCCACAUCAAGCUCAAGCUACUCUUCGAGAACAAGAGGAUGAAGUCCUGUAAAGAUGCUGGCAAGUUUAAGACAACUGCUAGCGAGAUGCUCACCUUGAACCCGGUGCUGGCUUUCUUUGUUCGCACCUGUAUCCUUGCCAAAGGAUUCUUGGCAUCCGAAUGCCGAGCCUUCUUGCAGAUGAGCUUUAUGGUUGAGUUGCUUCAGGCAGCUUGUCAUGGCCAUGCUGCUGUGACUCCUUCCAUGUUGCGACAGGCGGCCGACGAAUGCAUGGAAUCCUGGUUUGGAGCGGGCUGGGGGGAGCAUGUAACCAGGAAGAUGCAUUGGCUGUUACACAUGGGGGACCACUAUGAGAGGCAUAAAAGGCUGCCAGCAACCUUCGGCAUGGAACGGAAGCACAAGACCAUCNNGGGUCCAUCCAGAAUACCAAGGUCUUUGAACGGUCUCUCUACGAAGAAGUCAUUGCUCACGAGCUGUGGCACUUGGAGAACCUGGCCGAGUUUCCAUCUGGCUUCGCUUUGGUGA